UCACAUGAUGAGCCCUGGGGCUUUAAUUUAAUCAGAAGGGAGGAGGGCAGCAGGCAAACUUUAUUCCCAGUUCUGUUCUGAAGAGGUUUGGAGAAACAGCAGGCUGAUCCAUGCAAGUUCUGUGCUUGUGAGUCCAGCUGUGCAUUUCCAGUUAUGAAGGGGGCCUGCCUCUUCUUCCUCCUUGGAUACCUGCUUGCGGCUGAAGGAGUUCAGUCUGCUGUGGCCACCAGACAAUUUCGAGAUGUGAUGAGUCGAGGAAGGGCACCUUCUCACGCCAAGUUGCAUAGGGGGCUAAGCAGCUGGUCCUCCGAUCACAACAACUGGAAUGACAAGCUUUACCCAUAUUGGGAAGAAGGAGAUCCCAGAUGGAAAGAUUGCUGGAAAGGGGGAAGGGUUGUGGCCAGUCUGACCAGUGACAGUCCAGCUCUGGUGGGAUCCAAUGUGUCUUUUAAUGUGAUCCUCAAGUUUCCCAGAUGUCAAAGAGAAGAUAAUGACAGCAAUAUAAUAUACGAUCAACACUGCAUCAACGGUUCUUCUGAUUAUGCAAAUCUUCCCGACCUGUAUGUUUACAACUGGACUCAGUGGAUUGACGAUUGUGACGGGCAGAAUUGCUCUCAUAACAGUAGUCACAAUGUGUUUCCAGAUGGCAGACCUUUCCCUCGUCACAAAGACUGGAGGAGGAGAAACUUCAUCUAUGUGUUUCAUACUCUCGGCCAGUAUUAUCAGACGACAGGUGGUUCUUCAGCUAUGGUGUCCAUCAACACAACAAAUAUCACACUUGGCAAUCAAAUUAUGGAAUUAUCAGUUUAUAGGCGAAAUUAUCGAUCCUUUCAACCAGUAGCCACAGCAAAUGUUGUUUAUGUCGUAACAGAUAAAAUCCCUUUCUAUGUGAACAUGACUCAGAAGAAUGAUCGCAACGCCUCAGACUACAUUUUCAUCAAGGAUAUCCCUAUUACAUUUGAUGUCCAGAUUCACGAUCCUAGCCACUACCUGAACCGCUCUGCUAUUUCCUACCGCUGGAAUUUUGGAGAUGGCAGUGGCUUAUUUGUUUCCAACAGUUCUGUUCAGAUGCACACAUAUACACUUCUGGGAAAUUUCAGCCUUGACUUGUCUGUCCACGCUCUUAUACCUGCCCCUUGUGGACCACCAACACCUCUUCCACCAACACCUCUUCCACCAGUAACUACCUCGCUGCCUUCGAAUGUAACUCCCAGCUUCAAUAGUUUAAUAGAGGAGCCAACAGGACAGUCUCCUGUCGAAGGAUGCCAUAUUGCUCGAUCUGGACCUUAUAAAGCAUCUCUCUUCAUUGCAGAGGGGAUCCUUGGGGUCAAUAUUAUCCAAAUGACAAGUGUCCAGGUGGCCACUACUCAGGUUGAAAACUCCAUGGUUGAUUUUGUGGUAACCUGUCAAGGGAGUCUUCCUACAGAUGCCUGCACAAUAAUUGCUGACCCCACCUGCCAGGUGUUACAGAGCGAGGCAUGUGACCCUGUUGACAUAGAUGAGUGCCUACUCACCAUAAGACGGACCUUUAACGAAUCCGGAACCUAUUGUGUGAACAUUACACUGGGUGAUGCAGCGAGCCUGGCUCUCACAAGCACUUUGAUAUCCAUCAAUGGAGCUGCAGGGUCAUUUUCAAGGACAGCAGAAGGAGUUCUGCUCGCUUGCGGUUUCUUGGUGGUGUUUGUUGCCAUCGCGACUUUUUUCCUUUACAAGAGAUAUAAAGAAUACAAGCCUAUUGAAAGAAAAACUGGAGACGAGGCCAGUAACGAAGGACUGAGUGUUUAUUUCAACAAUGUCAAGGCUGUCCUCUUCCCGGCAAACAAUGAGAAACAUCCUCUGCUGAAAAAUAAGCCAGGAAUUGUUUAACUCUUCAGUAUAAUCACUUAUAUUUGUAUGCAUUUGGGGAUUUGCAUUGAACUGUCAUUCAAUGGAAGAAUACCUAAGUGUUAAAAUCAGGAUUUAUGUGGUAAGCUUGCAGUACAAUAGAAUGGCUGGUGUUGUGUUGACUUGUCUUAGAAGGUUAAAAUGGCAUCUCACGGAGAAAUUGAUCAUACAUUUUGCUUGCUUAUGUUCUUGGAUCUGCUACGGUAUAUUAGCUAAUAAAUCAUUUAAGGUUGAUACGGUUUCCUAGACUAGUUACUCCUCCUGAGUAUCACUAAGUGUCUUCUUGGCAGAAAGAUUUUCUCCAAAGAAUUUAAGCUUAGGCUGAACUCCUAGCAAGUCAAGUCCCACCAAACUUGAGGGAGCUUGCUUUGGGGUAAACAUGCAGAGGAUCAAGCUGUUAAGUUGGAAUUUCCCUAGUUCCCUAAUGAGUGAUAAUGUGGCUGCUUUGAAAAUUAUAAUAGGUACCUAAGAAAUGAUCAGCAUGUAGCAUCACUUACCCCAAUGGCUUCAGAUGCAUAGUAGACAUACCCAAUAUACUCUCCACCAGAUGAGCAACUUGCAGUUACAUGACUGCUCUUGGUUCUGUUUCCUCUGCCUACCAUAUUCCUUAUACUUGAGAUACAUGAGAGCAGGAUCUACAUUCUGCACCCAAAGGAGCAGCAGGCAAUGUGCACUGAAAUAUCCAUGGCUCUGCUCCCUUGGGAUGUGUUUGUGUGAGAUUGUUUUUGAGUAGCCUACAUGCUCUACAUGUCUUCAGGCCUCACUAGUCCCCACUUCUCUGCUCAGCAGAAUAUGCCAUGUGGUAUUGACAUGGAGUGUUCCUGCACAGCUCUAUGGUGUGUUUUUUUACUAGACAGCUUUCCUGAACACCUGUGGUUUCAUGGCAAAGCACUUAGCGGGAAGUGUGAGAAGUUCUCUUAGAAAUGCGCCCUAGCACAAAGAUAUAUUUGCACGAUUUCAGUCUGAAACCAGAGGACUAAGCCAGGCUUCCCUGGUGCUGCUUGCUUUUAUGCAAUAAUUAUGUUGUGCUAUCCCCAUCAAGCUGAGAAAUUCACACUGGCACACAGGACAAGUUGAUUCUAGUACUACAUAAUCUGAGUUUAGCAAUGCUGUAAACUUUGGAAAUACGCAGACUUUGAAAAUAAGCAAUAUAUUUGGGUGAAAACUGCGGCAAGGAGGGUAGCACAAUAGGCACAGUAGGAUUUAUGAAAUACUGUUAUGCAAUAUGCCAUUUAUAAUGUAGGAAGUUCUGAAGCCAACCAUAUAAAUUUAUAUGGUUGGCUUCAGAACUUUCUGCAUCUUACAGCUUAUUCCACUAAAGAAAAUUAUGUGGAACUAUCUGCCUGCCUUUCUGGAAAAUGCACAAAGGGUUUUUGAUUAAAUCUGUUCAGUAUAAAUCUGCUUUAUUUUGAUUUGCAGUUAUUUGGCUGCUUAGGUAUCUGCCUGAUCCUGCAGAUUGUGUAGAAUACUUUGCUCCACUCAUGUCCACACAGGGCUGCUGAAGACAUUUUAUAUCUGAGGCCAAGCCCUCAUCUCAACUACUGGGAUGAAGGGAGCACACAAAGGUUGUUGAAGGAUUGGGGAACUUCGGGAUAGAAAGAAGGGGGAAAGCCUUUUCUUUAUUCCUUUGUCUGCUUCCCCCUUUCUCUGCAAAUCAUUGAGAUGGGACAGGGAGGAAGAAAGGAGGACCAAAAAUACGAGUCCUUUCCCCCUUCCCUUUCCCAUCUCACAAUUUUUCCAGGUGUUAAAAACAUGGCAAUAGCACCCAAAGUUGGAGGCAAUCACUUUACACUGCCUCACAGCACCUGUUCCCAACAAGUUUAAUCUUUGCAGUGGUGUUUAUGAUAUAGGCAAGGUAGUGUCCUCUUUGAUAGCAAUGUUUCCCCUGCAGGAAUAGGCACAGUGAGCUCUAGAUGCAAAGAAGCACAGCUCUCCUGUAACUUUAAUAACGGUGUAGUUAUCAUGGCACUGUGGAUGUUAUGUGAUCUUAAGAGUAUAGUCAUGCAGGCAAUUUAAGUUUAACAAUGGUGAAUUAAUGUUUUCAUCCCACACAACUGCUGUUUUGCAGCACAUGACUGGUAUGCCACCACACUGGUGUAAACAUUUUUUACUAACUAGUAGGUGCAGCAUAGUGGCAAGGGACUGAGCUGUGAAUCUGGAAGACCCUAGUUUGCAUCAUCUCUCUUUUGCAAUGAACUCAUUAAGUGGCUUGAAGCAAUAUAGUGGCUUACAAGGUUGUUGUUCAAAAUGCAGCUAUAUAACGCAUGCUAAAUGCUUUUGAAGACUUGAAAGCACGCUAUAGAAGUGUUAAGUAUUACUGCUCCUAAAUUACUAAUGGCACGGAACUGGAAUGCUGGACGAAUGUUUACCUGAAUGUUGCUCAAUAAAUCUGCAGUAUUGCAAAGGACAGUUUAGCUAUGUAAAGUCUGCAUGACCCAAUGCUGGUUCUAAACAGAGGUAGCCCCACUGAAAUUAAAAUGUCACUUACAGUGCACUCCUAUAUAUGUCUGCUCAGAUCAGAAGUCCCACUUAGUUAAAUGGGGCAUACUCCCUGGUAAGUGUGCAGUCUUAAUAUAGUAUGAUGGGUCUAUAAGCUUUACAGGAUAAGUGUAUUUUAAAGGUUUGGAAGUAUGAAUUAGUAUUAUCAACUUUUAUUUUUCUAUCUUGUAGAAGUGCACAUACUUUUAUACAAAAGGCUAGGAAGAGGAGGAAGUGUAAAUGAUUAUAGUUUUAAUGUCAUGGAAGAAAUUGUAAGUUGAAUGUGUCUUGCCUUACACUGAAACAUCACUAUUUCAGUCUGAGACAAGAAAUAAUAAGAAUGAUUUGCCCCACUUAUUGCAACUCUGUUAAGUUGGAGUAGAAAGCUACACUAUUAUAGUUUGGGUUCUGUCUUUUAUAACCUACCAUUUCCUGGCAUGACUUAGAAAUGUAGUAUGUUUGAUAUUUUAGUCUAUGGAGAUCCUUGCAAAAUCUUACAGGUUCCUUGCGAAGAGAAAAUGUAUGUUUUCUGUCUUUUCCUCUUGCAACUCUCAAUAAACGUAUUGAUUUUAUCUAA